CCCUAUAACCAACUCUGGAUGCUAGUGCUGGUGCCCACCCAUAUGGGGCAAGUGUAUGCCUAUGACUCCCCAAAGGGCGAGCAGGAUGAGUAUUAUUUCCCUUGUUACCUCCUCUCCAUGGGCUCCCAGGAGAUCUACAAUGUGGUGCCUGUCCAAGGGGAGGUCCUGAGCCAGUUCAGCCAGGAGGGCUAUGACACCCCACCUAUGGCAGUGAAGGGUCCCAAUGGGCAGGACCUGGGGCAGGAGAUCUAUGAUGUGCCCCCUCCCAGCGUGGAGGAGAACAUGCACCAACUUGUGUACAAUGUCCCCCCCUCAGUGAGCAAGGACAUGCUGGGUGGUCCAGCGUGGGAGGAGGCCUAUGAUGUGCCCCCUUCCUUUGCCAAGCAGAAAGCCUUUGACCCCUCCCACCACCUGCUCCUGGCCCAGCAGGAGCCCUGUUUGCCAGAGGACAUCUAUGAUGUACCACUGGCGGCUGGGAAAGGUUCCUCUAAUCCACUGCUCUCUCAAGAGACCUAUGAUGUAACCCCCAGCCUCAGGAAGCUGGGGAGGUUGGUCCUCUCCCAUGACUUGCCCUGGGACCUGCAUGGCCCAGACAAUGGCUCCCUGGACACAGAGGGCGAGUACAUCUAUGAUGUUCCACCACAAGUGGACUGUGAGGCCAAGGGUGCCAAUGCCAAGCGCCUCUCAAUCUCCAGCACAGGUAGCACCCACAGCAACAUCUCCAUAUCCUUGCUGCAUGUAGUGCCCAUGAAGGAGAUGGCCAAGGGAGCUGGCAAGGAGUUGUCCCUGGAUGUGGAUGCCACCAUGGAGACACUGACCAAGCUCCAGCACAGUGUUGGCGGUGCCAUCUCCUACCUCAUGUCCUUCAUCAGUGCCAACUGGUGCAGCCUUGAGCACAUGGAGGCCAACACCACCAGCAUCUGUGCAGCUGAGGGUGUCCAGACAGCCCUCAGGGACCUGCUAGAGUUUGCCCAGAGGGCAGUGGGCAAUGCCGCCCAGGCCUCUGACUGUUUCCUCUACACCAAGCUCAGCAAGCAGCUGCAGAAGAUGGAGGAGGUCUACCAGACUCUGGUGUGGCACAGCCCGCUGGAUGCUUGCCACUGGGCCCUGAGCACCUUGGCCAGCAGUAAGCUGGGCACGGAUGACUUGGAGCACUUUAUCAUGCACUUGCACAGCAUUCCCAAUGACACUAAGCAGUUGGCCUCCUUUCUGCAUGGCAAUGCCUCCCCCCUCUUCAAACAGACAAAACCGGUAGUGGAGAGCGGCAGCCACAGGCCCCCUCAUCCUUCCAACAAGGCUAGCAGCAUCCUGUCAUGGUCCCUGCCCUCCCCACCCAAGCUGCUGGUCCAGGAGUCUCCUGACAGGCCCUAUGAGAACAGCAAGAGUGACCUGAUGGAGGAUUAUGACUAUGUCCAUCUCCAGGGCAAGGAGUUGUUUGAGAAGACCCAGAAAGAGCUGCUGGAGAAAGGCAACAUCAUCUGGCAGAGCAAGGACCAGCUGGAGCACCAGCAAGUAAUGGUGCUGGGGCAGUUGAAGCAUCUGGAGCCCCACCCCCCUCAGCACUGUGGCCCAGCACAGUGUCCUGCUGACUGCCAGCUCCUUCUCUUCUACCUGGGGCAGUGCAAGGCCAACCUCACCAUGCUCACCAAUGCUGUUGGUGCCUUCUUCACUGCUGUCAGCGCCAACCAACCUCCCAGGAUCCUUGUGGCCCACAGCAAAUUCAUCAUCCUCAGUUCCCACAAGCUCAUUUUCAUUGGGGACACGCUGUCCUGCCAGGCCAAGGCCCAGGAUGUCCAGCACAAGGUGAUGCACUACAGCAGCCUCCUCUGUGAGAUGCUCAAGGAGAUUGUGGUGACCACCAAGGCAGCCACCCUCCACUACCCUUCUCCUGCUGCCUUGAACAAUAUGGUGGAAUGUGUCAAGGACCUUGCCAACAGCAUGCAGCAGUUCAUGAUGGUGCUGGGCCAGCUGGCAGCCAUGUGA